AUGUUUGAAGAACCACAGGCCAAGCGGGUUCGCCGCGAUGAAAUGCGCUCUCCGGCGUCAUCCCGCUCACCUUCCCCAGCACCCGAUGACUCUGCAGCACAGGAUGCCUACGCUCGACUGGGGAAAUUGCUCAACCUGGAUCACUUGAAUGACGCACCGGAAUCCAAUGAGAAAGACUCUCACCCUUCCCAGCCCGCCGACGAGGAGGACGAGCAAGAAUUUGAGUUCCGCCUGUUCAGUGCCCCCGCCAAGUCCACAGAGGCGCCCCAAGGACCAGAAGUAGACGGCAGCAAAGAUCAAAAGUCCAAGGGAUCAGCUGCUAAGUCUCCCGGCACAACCCAAAAGCUACGAAUCCGGCUUCAUUCGCCAACCCCGGGCUCUGGCGACCCAUCGGAAGGUGGAUUUGUGAAAGCGCAUCGUGAUUGGGAUUAUUACUUCUCCACACCCAUACUCUCGUCCACGCAUGGGGGCAACAUCAGUCCAGAAGAAGCAGCGCAGCUAGCUGAAAAGCAACAACAAUUCGAGAACAUGGCCGUCAGCGGGGAGGACAUGCUUGGAUGGGCGCAGUCACAGUCUUGGCCUGGAUGCCAUCUCCCCUGGCGAGUAAUCCAUCUCAAGCGCCAUCAAACCAAAACACCACGGCCAGCUGGCAGUCUCCCAAUCUACGCGGUAGAAGGAGCGCCCGUGACCAAGAGUCCACUGACUCGAAAGAAGCCCGGGAAAAAGAGACGUGUCCAGCUGCGCAAGCGGGUUACUGCAGCCCAGGUAGCAAAGGAGCAAGAUGCAGAGAAGCGCACACGAAAGAACCGCGAGAGAAAGCUCAAGCGUAGACAAAAGGCCCGGGAGCAGAAGGCUGCAGCGGCUGGUGUGAGUGUUGAAGAUAUUGCUAUGGCUGAGGGGGAUGAUGCUUCAUCUGGUGGAGAGAAUUAG